CAUGGACGAGCAGAGAGAGACUCUGCAAAGGAUUGUCUCUACUCUAGCGAACAAAAAUGAUGAAAUUCACAACUUCAUUGACAUGCUGAACCAUACAAUAAAAAAUGUUCAGGUAAACUCUUCUAAUGCAAUCAGCGAGUUGGAUGAAGAAUUUGAUGGUCUGUAUUCUAUAUUGGAUGAGAUGAAGGGGAGUAUGACCAACACUAUUCAGCAAGAAGAGGCUCGUAAAAUUCAAGCUCUGCAGGAUCAGCUUAGCCAGUGUAGUAAUGCCCUAGAGAGUUCUGAAGAGCUGCUGGAACUUGCUGCGCAGUCGCUGGACAUAAAGGACCCUGUGGAAUUCUUAAAGGCUGCCAGACAGAUCAAAGAUAGAGUCACAAUGGCUUCAGCGUUCCGCAUCUCUCUGAAACCUAAGGUCAGUGAUAGUAUGACUCAUUUGAUGGUGGACUUCGCUCUGGAAAGGCGCAUGCUCCAGGCUGUAAAGUUUUUGCCAGUCCCUAAAGCUCCAGAGAUAGAUCUAGCAGCAUGUCUGGUUGCUGAUAACUGCAUAACAGUAUCGUGGAGGAUGCCUGAAGAAGACAGCAGAAUUGAUCAUUUUGUACUGGAGUAUAGGAAAACCAACUUUGAUGGGCUUCCUCGAGUAAAAGAUGAACAGCGUUGGGAACUGAUAGACUAUAUUAAAGCUACUGAAUAUACAUUAUCAGGUCUGAAAUUUGAUACAAAAUACAUGAACCUUAGAGUACAAGCUUGCAACAAAGCUGUGGCAGGGGAAUACUCCGAUCCUGUAACUCUGGAAACCAAAGCGUUUGUGUUCAGUUUGGACAGUACUUCAUCUCAUCUGAACCUGAAAGUUGAAGAUACCUAUGUUGAAUGGGAUCCUACUGGAGGCAAAGGCCAAGAAAAAAUAAAAGGGAAGGAAAAUAAAAGCAGCUUCCUCCAUGUUAACAAAAUUCAAAAGCAUUUGAUAAGUGGUGCACCAUCUCCAAAGAGGACAUCUAUUAGCACAAGAUCCUCAGCAAGGGGCAGCAGAGAUCAUUUUACUGGUGAAUCAUACACAGUGUUGGGAGACACUGCUGUUGAAAGUGGACAGCAUUACUGGGAGGUGAGAGCCCAGAAGGACUGCAAAUCCUACAGCGUGGGAGUAACAUAUAGAAACCUGGGGAAAUUUGACCAGCUGGGAAAGACUAAUUCAAGCUGGUGCAUCCAUAUCAACAACUGGCUGCAAACCACAUUUUCAGCAAAACAUAAUAAUAAAACCAAGACUCUAGAUAUACCUGUUCCAGACAGAAUAGGAGUAUACUGCGACUUUGAUGGAGGUCAGCUUGCAUUUUAUAAUGCAAACUCAAAGGAGCUGUUACACACCUUUAGAACAAAGUUUACCCAACCAUUAUUACCAGGCUUCAUGAUCUGGUGUGGUGGGCUUACAGUGAGUACUGGAUUGCAGGUGCCAAGUGCUGUGAAAACGCUCCAGAAAAGUGAAAAUGGAUUGAGUGGUUCAACAAGCAGUCUAAACAAUAUUGCCUAGUAAUGUCUAUUAAACACUUCUAUUGCUGAAUGGUUUUUUUUCUGUGUAGCUGCUACUCACAGAAGCUUGUGAGCAUUGGAUUAAACUGGGUUUGCUACCUACUGCUGUGUAAGGCCUGGGUACUGAUAGUGCAGAAGUUCACCUACUGUGAAUCCAGACAGAAAUGUCAGACAGAAAACUGAACUGUUGCCUAUUUGAAAAAUAAGUGGAGAAACAAACAGCUGUAACUAUGUACUUUUCUAAUACUGUAUUGAAGCAUUUUGUUAUGGAUUUGAAUAUUAAUUUUGUUAUGAGUAUUAUUUUUCUAUGAAGAAUAUAACGAAUACCAUUUUCUUAGCUCUCCUAACAUAACUUACUUGACUACAUAUUUUAUUAUUACUGGGCUUCCAAUUAGAACUUCUGAUAUCAAACAUGCAUUUCAAAAGAAUAUUGAUUUGCUAGCCUAGCCUGGCAAAAUAUCAUAGCAGUAUGAUUUCAAAAGAAUAUUAUAAGAAGUUGUAGGCCUGAUAUGAAGAAACAGUAUGAGCAGUGUGUAAUUUUUUUUUUUCCCCCUGAUACAAAAUUCUCCUGUUUCCCAUGAGUACCUCAUUUAAAUAUUAUAUAUUUAGAGUUCGGCUCCUGUUUAUCACAAAUUACAGAAAAUGUAAAAAUUCAAAGGUAUUUAAAAACAUUCUUGUGUCCUCAGUGAAGACACAUUAUGAUAGCCAGUCAUUGAGCUAGGAAGUAUUUCAGGUAAAAGGUUCGGAACCAAAAAUCCAGAGCUUUUUAAAAAACUAAGGCAUGGUACUGAUCUCUCAGAAGCUCUUAAUUUUGGGUCAUCUCUUGGCUUUCCAGUUUUGUGGCAUUAUUCUAAUUGGAUUCUGAUAAUCAGCAAUUCACAUUGUUUAUCAGAUGCGAAUGACAAAUUGAAUCUUUGUCUGCCAAUAGCAAAGCCGCAAUGCAGCUGAGGCUGGGAAUAAGAGUGUGAGAGCUUCAGUUUAAAUGCAU